CAAUGGCCGAAGAUCAAGUACCUGUAUACUACGAGGACCUCGCUCUGCUCGAGACUCAAUUCGACGAGGUCGACCGCGAAAUCUUGGCCAAGCAAUAUAUUAGCACCGCUCCCCUCUACGCUAAGCGUCAAGAGGUCAUCUCCAAGAUCGAGAACUUCUGGCCUCUCGUCUUCGAGCAGUCUCCCCCCGAUGUUGAUCGCUACAUCACUCCCAACGAUGCAAACAUCUUCGCCAAGCUGAAGAGCCUCGAUGUCAAGCGCUUCGAGAUCCCCAUGGGCCCCGAGAAGAUUGAUGCCGAGGCUGGUGACCCCCGCAGCAUUGUCAUCCGCUUCGAAUUCGAUGACAAUGACUACUUCACCAACUCCGUCCUCGAGAAGAAGUUCUGGUACAGAAGAUCCAACGAUGGCUGGUCUGGUCUCGUCUCUGAGCCCGUCAAGAUUGAUUGGAAGGACGCCAAGGAUCCCACCGAGGGUCUUACCGACGCCGCCUAUGCCGUCUUCGAGGCUCGCAAGAAGGCUGGAAACAUGAAGAAGAAGGAUUUCCCCGCUCACAACAAGCUCGUUGACAUGAUCGAGAACUGGAAUGCUGACAACACUUCUUUCUUCACCUGGUUUGGUUUCGUCUCUGCCACCCGCUACAUUUCUGCCGACGAGUCAGCACAGGCCAACAAGGAGUACAAGCAGCGCCAGGACAGAAGAUCAAAGGGCGAGAGAGUCGAGAGCCCCGAACCCGAAGAGGAGGACAUGGCCGACAUGUCGGGAGACGAUGAAGUCCACCCAGAGGGCGAUGAGCUCGCCCAGCUUAUCGCCGAGGACGUGUGGCCUAACGCCAUCAAGUACUUCACCCAAGCCCAAGAGAUGGAAGACAUGUCUGAGAUGGAUUUCGAAGACAUGUCCGACGAAGACGAUGACGACGAGCCUAUCGAUCUGAGAGCACUGGUCGGUAAGGGUAAGCCCAAGAGCAAGCCUUCCAACGAUGAGCCACCCAAGAAGAAGCAGAAGAAAUAGAUGACUCUGUCAACAACCUGUAUGUUUAUGACGAAUUUGGUGAUGUACUGAGAGGAAGCCAAUAAUAUACCCUGGGUAUUGGCCCCGGCAAAAGGUUAUGCUGUAAGAAUUAAAGUCUUUUAUUUCGAUUCUCGUUUUUUUGGCUGCUGUUUCCCUUUCAACAAUCAGGCUAAACUCACGACCAUUCCUUGUUGCCAAGAAUGCCGCAUCGACCACCACUCCCAAUCUGGCCCGAAGAUCUCGUGACAGAGCAUCGGCCAAAAACCAAAGAGAUAUCCUUGACCAUGUUGCGAGUGUGAUCUG